CAAUUGUCAAUUUUUGCCCAAAAAUUAGCGGCGUGUUCUUUGCUUGUCUCUUUUGUUUGUUAUUAUUUUAGUAAUAAUUAUUAUAUUACUAUUAGACGUUAGAACUUAAUAAAUGUUAUUUAAGCUAGAUACGCUUUAAACUUGGUGUUCGUUACCACAAUGGCGGGAGUGUUAUUCGAGGACAUAUUUAAUGUAAAAGACAUGGAUCCAGAGGGAAAGAAGUUCGACCGAGUCAGCAGACUGCAUUGUGAAUCGGAGUCUUUCAAAAUGGAUCUAAUAUUGGAUAUAAACUCAUGGAUAUAUCCUAUGGAGCUUGGUGAUAAGUUUAGAUUGGUUUUAGCAACAACUCUGCGAGAGAAUGGAUAUCCAGAUGGUGGUGAAUGGAAUCCCUUAGAGACUGAAGGCAAUAGGGCAGACAGUUUUGAAUAUGUUAUGUAUGGGAAGGUUUAUAAGAUAGAUGGUGACGAGGUGGCAAUGGAGCCAGCGGCGCGGCUGUCGGCGUACGUCAGUUUCGGCGGCCUGCUGAUGAGGCUGCAGGGGGACGCCAACAACCUGCACGGGUUCGAGGUGGACCAGCACAUGUACUUGCUCAUGAAGAAGCUGGCCUUCUAAUUACUACUGCAUUUUUAUUUGGAAGACUCUAAACUGCCACGAGUGGUUGUUUAGUCUUCUGACAUAGCCACAUAGCCCAUUUAAACGAAACAGUCAGUCAGUUG